CACAAACACAUAGCGUGGAGCGGAGAGGGCGGAGCCGGUCGCCCCCCCCCCACUAUACCUCCCAGUUGACCAGUGUGACCGGACAGUCUCCAGAAGACUUUGCAUCAGGAUGGGGUGGUCGCCGCUGGUGGUGCUUGUCAUCACGGCUUUGCUGAGCAUGCGCACGCGCCAGCAGAUGCAAGUCCAGCAGAUGCAAGUCCAGCAGAUGCAAGUCCAGCAGAUGCAAGUCCAGCCGACUGACCAAAGUGUCCUGGAGCAAACCGCCGUCCAGAACCUUUCGGAAGCAUCCACCGGCCGCUACGACGCCACUGUUUGUGAUGACUUGGCAGAGUUGAGCGCGGCCGCCUGCACUUCGCCCUUUGAGCAGCAGAUGGCGUCGUUGGAGGAGGACGCGCGCUGCGUGCUGGACCGCGUCAUCGGCGCCUACAACCAGCUGACCGUGUGCCUGGAGCGCCUGUCCCACUCGCGCGGCUGCUACUACCCCAACGGCGCCGUCCACACGGCUUUCCUGCGCGUCCACUCGGCCUUCUUCGGUCGCUGCCGGCCCCGGGCCCCGGAGCGGCAGCCGGAGGACGCGCCCCGCCUCCUGGUGCUCUGCCUCACGCUGGCGCCCGUCGCCCUGGUCCCGCUGCUGGUCUACGCCGCGGCCCGGUGCCGACCGAUGACCGCCGGGAGCCAAUAAAAAAAAAAAAAAAAAAUCUGAUUUGCAAUUGGC